AUGCCGCACCUAACGAUGCACAUACUGACCUUGUUUGGCCUCUUCCACCAGACUCGCAACGACGCUCGCUUCAGCACCUACUCCGGCGCUCCCUCUCUCCAGCCAUCCAUCGCUCCCACCCUCGACACCACCUCCAACCGCUCCUCCACACAGCGAUAUAGUUCGCAUUUCGGCGAGCAGAACGCCCUCGCGCCCGAGACCAUCCCCGAGAACUCCCGUUCAGUCUACGGCAGCGCAGCAGCCGCGGGCAGCACCACCACCCUCUCCUCCACAGACCCCAAGACCGCCGACAUCAAGGCAUUUGCCAAAGUCUACGACCGCAUGAAUGACGUGCGCGCGGAUAAGCAGCGAUUCGUCAUGAGCCGCAACAAGACCGAGGAAGUCAGCAAGAUCGCCCUGGGUGCCAAGGUCGAGCGGGCACUUUCACGGAGGAUGGUCGGUCAAGAUGCCGUCUUCACGCCUAAGAGUUCCAAGCCACUUGACGAGAAGAGAGCGCUGGAAGUGGAGGCCAACUAG